AUGCACAAAUUAUUCCCAAACAGCACCUUUUUCGACUUUGAGGCUAUUCGGAUCCUCGGCACCAGUGUUUAUGGAGGUGCUGAUGCGGCCGAGGUUCUUGAAGCAGUUGGCCAGAUUAAAGCCAACGACCCGUCGUCUUGGGAGAAAGCAUGGCAGAUACAGGCAAAACGAGCCGAGGCGCUGGCAAAUGAGGCACAACAGCACGGCGACCGCGAUGCUUCAAAGCGGGCUUACUUGCGGGCUGCAAACUAUACACGCGCCAGCGGUUACAUGUACGUCUCCUCUAUAUCGUCCGUACAUGAGACCGCGAUGGUUCAGGAUCCUCGUGCUCUACCCAUCGCUGAAAAAGUGGGUGAGCUUUUUCGCAAGGCUAUUUCACUGAUGGAUGGUGCUGUUCUUGCUCUGUCGAUCCCUUAUGAGAAUUAUAUGCUUCCAGCAUACCUCUACCUACCGCCUGCCAACCGUCGCAUUCCCAGUAGGAGCAAGAUUCCUGUUCUUAUCAACUGUGGCGGGGCGGAUUCAUGCCAAGAGGAGUUGUUCUUCUUGAACCCUGCCGCUGGGCCUGGUCUAGGAUACGCCGUCCUCACAUUUGAUGGGCCCGGCCAGGGCAUGAUGUUGCGGCGGUACGGGCUUCAUAUGAGGCCAGACUGGGAGAUUGUUACAGGAUGUGUUAUUGACUAUCUCGUCGACCUGAGUGCGCAGAAUCCCGAUCUGAACCUCGAUAUGGACUGCAUCUCAGUCUCAGGGGCGUCCAUGGGGGCUUAUUUUGCCUUGAGAGCGGCCGCUGAUCCGAGAAUUAAGGCUUGUGUAUCAAUUGAUCCCUUUUACGACAUGUGGGACUUUGGCACCGCCCAUGUCUCUCCCCUCUUUAUCUCGGCUUGGCAAAACGGCUGGAUAACCCAUAACAUGGUAGACAAGCUGAUUGGAGCCAUGAAGAUGACCUCCUUCCAGCUUAGGUGGGAGAUCUCGGUCACAGGCACAUUCUUCGGGUUAUCGUCACCAGCGGACAUUCUGCUGCAUAUGAAGAAGUUUACUUUCUCCGGCCCUGGUUUGAAAGGAAGUAGUGGAUAUUUGUCUCGCGUACUUUGUCCUGUUCUUAUUUCAGGUGCGGGCAAGUCCCUCUAUAUGGAUGCGGAUGACCAUACGAGGCGGUGCUUUGAAGGCCUUGUCAAUGUUCCAUUCGAGAAGAAGGAAGUCUGGAUACCCAGCAGUGAGGGACAGGGUAGCUUGCAAGCAAAAAUGGGAGCGUUGGCAUUGUGCAACCAACGAACCUAUGAAUUUCUGGAUCGGGCUCUUGGGAUUGAGAGACAACCGUUGUGA